AUGACCUUGAGCGCAGAGAACACCACCCCCGCAUACAUCACAGAAGAACACACUUCCAACUUCACUCCCAUCAACACCAAACAAAUUACAUCCCCAACAAUGGAGUCCAAGAAAGAAAUCCAUAAAGCCAAUACUCCCAAGGCUAGCACUCCCCAGAAGCGCACCCAUACUCCCAAGACCCAAACCGGUCAGGACGAAGCCCAAACCAACGAAACCACCCCCAACACCCCCACCAAAAAACCCAAGACAAUCCCCACCAAAGCAAUCCUGACCAAAGCCAACAACAUCUCCCCCAUCAAGAAAGCCCUAGGUCCCAUCCCCACCAGCCUGGAAGCAGCCAGCACCACCGACAAGGCCAUCCUGCGCAUGCGCGACGAUGAAGGUCUCGGCUGGAAGGAGAUCACGGCCGAGUGGUGCAAGUUGACCGGUGUGACUACUCCUGUUGGGAUGUCGACGCUGCGUAUGCGCUAUCAGACUAUGAAGGCGAAUUUUGUGGGGUUCACUGCUGAUGAUGAACUCCGCCUCUGCAAACACAAAAGACAAAUCGAGCAGCGCUUCGAAACAGAGAAAUGGUCUCGUAUCGCCGACGCGAUUGUCGCAGACGGAGGUGCCAAGUAUGCGCCUGCGUCAUUGCAGAAGAAGUUCAAGCAGCUGGAGAAGGGUGCUCCUGUUUCUACUCCUGCUCGUGUUGAUGCUGACGACGCCACUGACAAUGAAUGA